AUGGGUACAGCGCCGUGUUACAAAAAGAAAAAUGAGGAAGUGAAAGUAGCUCAUCGGGGACAUUUGAGUGACAAGAGUAUGAAAGUAUAGCAUAUUCAAAUAUGAGAGUCUAACAAUGAGGACUUUCCAGAGUAAUAGGGUGAAGAAUAGGAGGAGGAGGAAGAAGAAGAAGUAAGAUCUGUGAUAAUCAACUCUAGAACAUAGUUUAUGAUUACAUUUAAGGUGAAUUGAUUUAGGAGGGAUGUAAUGUAUACUCUGCAUUGAAUACUCUAAAUGGGUAACUUUUAGCAUUGAAAAUUGUAUUAAUUUCUAUGAUGAUAGUUCAAAUUAAGUUCGGAAGAUGACUUUGAUAAAGUGAUUAGUAUUGUAGAUAUUCUCAAAAGGUUAGAAUUCAAGAAUAUCCAUCAAAUAAUAGGUUGGGAUUACUCCGUAUUCAAAAAUGAAGUAAUCUAAAAUGAAAUUAAAAUACUCAUGCCUUACGAGAGUGGAGGCUCAAUCAGUUGGUUGUUGUAGAAAUUUAGUUCAUUUUCUCCUCAACUUGCUAUUAUGUUCAUGAAACAAAUAUUGUAAGGAUUGGAAUAUCUGCACAGUUAAGGAAUACUGCAUAGGUAUCAUUGAAGUUAAAUAAGGAAUCUAAAAACAUCAAAUGUCUUAGUGGAUGGAGAAGCCAAUGCUAAAUUAAGUGAUAUCUACAUUCUAAACAAAUACAAACUAUCCAUGUACAGUGCUCCUGAAUGUUUCAAUGGAUAGGAGUACUCCCAGUAUUCUGAUGUAUGGAGUGCUGGUUGCAUAUUUGUAGAAAUGCUCACUAAAAUGCCACCUUGGCAUCAUUUAUCUUCUGACAUUACUCUGGAUUAAAUACGAAACUCUAUCAAUAAAGGAUGUAAGAUUAUUAUAUUGAAAUCAACUAGAAUUAUUUCAAUUCAAACGCAUAACUAAAUCAGAGGAUAUUUUGUAGAUCUUCAAUCAAAUAUUCAGAUUGAAUCCGAAAGAACGAUCUACUCCCAAUCAGUUGCUCACUCAUUCUGCCUUUCGAAGUACCCAUUCUAUUAUAAUUUGAGAUCUUGAAACUGAACCAUUGAAAUCUGUGGUAAUCUCAACUAGAAAACAUUAUCAUACUAAAUAUGAUGAUAGAAAAUCCUUCAAACCGUAGAAUAGCAAUAUGUCCGGGUCCAGUAUACAUGGUGGCUUGUCAGUUUCAAUAAGAAGGAGCAAUAAUCCUGAUUCAAGUAAAUAUCAAUAAGUUCUGUAAUAAUUGAAGUCUAUUCAUCAAGACUUCAAUAGAACUGAGAAUAUGUAAGAAACACAACUACUCUCUCACAAUGAUCUAUGCAGCGUUGUAACAAGAAAGAUUCAAAUCGAAAAUAAAAUUAAGGAAAAAGGAAUUCACUACAUUCACAAAGAUAAAAAUGCCUUGGUUGAAAAUGGGUUGAUCAGACCAAAGGAAGGACCAACUUAAAUUGCCAAAAUCUCUGUCAAUGGUAUCCCAGAUCAAGGUUUCAAGAAUCAAGUGCAUAAGCCUCCCAUUAAUCAAACUAGUCAGCAAUACAAAUCAAUCAUGCACAGUGGAAGUCUAGACAAAAUACAAACCAUUAGAUCCAGUGAAUUCGUAAAGAGCAAUGAUCAAAGCAUUGAACCAUUACCAGUCAUACCUAAUAAAUAGUUAAGUGAGUCACAACAAUUAGAAGAACUUAUGGCUUAGUAAUUUUAUUAGAAUCAAAACCAUCACAAUUAAAAAGAGGAAAUCAAGCCCAAAAUUAAUCUUAAUGACAUUGAAAAAAUGAUGAUGGAUUAAUUUUCAUCAUCCAUGCUCAAAUCAAAUCAAAAUGAAGAAGAACAAUAAUAACCAGAAACACAUUAGUAAUAGGAAUACUAGCAAGAAACUAAAUAUAUAAAGUCUGAAAUAAUUCUCAUUAAUAAUCACAUCCAAGAUCCAAAUUACUUUGAAAAUCUUAUGCAAUAAUAAUAUUUAGAGGAUGAUGAUGAUCAAGAAAUAGAUGAACUUUAGAAACUUGAAGAUCUUAUCCAAUAAUAAUAUUACAAUAACAUAGAUAAAAACAAUGAUAUUAAUUAGGAUUAAGUCAUUUAACGAUAAUUAUCAAAUCAUGACAAGUCGAUUGAACCCUCAGAAGAAAAGCAAGAAGAAGUCAUUUAAGAAAACUUAUCCAUUAUUGGUAUUCAUUCACUUUUAUAUUGGUAUAGCUUUUGAUAAACUAGCACAGUCUCCUAAAGAUGACAAUGAAAUGUUAAUAGAGGAUGAUUUUAUAUAUAUGUUAUGA